AUGAGUGUGAGUAUAAAGGUAUGCGAGUCUGGCCCAGUGCGCAUUCUCUUGGCAUUCUUCAAAGUGUUCAAACCCUCCAUCGCUAUUCGAGUCUCGUCCUCGCCUCUGGGCCCGCUCCCUCCGACUGCGGCCGACAUGACACGAAUACACUCCCGCGAGUACACAUCGGCGUCGUCUUGGAAAGAGCACCCCACUGAAACGCACUCUCCCACAGCCUCAGAAUCCCCACACUCGCGACGCCUUCAGAUUGUGGGGAAAUCGGGAAGCCUGUCAGUGGCAGCUCUGACGGACUACGCAAAUUUUCAGAUUCCAGGUGAUCCUAGUUUCCCAUAUAUCCCUGCAGAUGGCGUGAAACAGCACAACGGUUUUUAUAUAUUAAUCUUCAACCAGUGGACAGGAAAGAGGAUUGGGAACUACCUCCACAUCCAGCCGUGGGCGGAUCUGAGCUACCUCCGAAGAUCCCUGGACUCAAUACAGCCGGGGAGGAUCAUACUCUUCCUGCUGAAGGAUGACCUGGAAUAUGGGCUUCCGCAAGAAGUCCGUGACCUGUUGCAAAAUCUCGGGUCAAUGGCGGCCGGGAGCAUCGGGCGCGGAAUGCUGUGGGGGUGGCUCUGGGUCAAGGGGGGGCGCACGCUGGCCGAGACCCUGACGUUUCCUACCGAGGAGAAGACAGGGCCGCGCGUUAUGUUCAUGUCCUCGGUUGAUCUUCUUGACGAAGGAGGCGAGGCGUCCCACUGGUGUCCACAGUGGCCAGAUUCAGACCCCUGGCAGCGGAGAAGGGAGUUCUGUUCCAAAUAUGAGCAAUAUGGUGAUCUGUGCUCUUGUUCCAGCCCGAAUCUAAUCGAUUUUCGCGACACUAAGAUUGAAAACAGCCAGAUUGAAAAGGCGGUCAUCGUUGUACUUGCGCACCGAGUAGCAUCUUUCUACAAGAGUCUGAAGGCGGUGGCGGCGGCCCGAGGCUUCAACAGGUCCCGCCUCGAAGUGUUCACGCCGGCGCCCCACGCGGAGCUGAGCGAGUUCCUCCAGCUCGUGGGCCUUCCGCUGACGGUCACGCACGAGGACAGCGAAUUCGUGGCGACGCUCAUCACGAAGCAGUUCGUCUUCAUGAUCGAGUUCGUUCUCCGGAAGUACGCGGAUGCUGAUUUGCUCAUCUUUCUGGAGGAGGACGUGAGCGUCUCGCCGGAUUUCUUCAUAUACUUGAACAGAACUGCCAGGCUUUUGCAGGACGACCAAAGCCUGUUCUGUGUCUCGGCGCACAACGACUUGUCUUAUCCGCAGACCUCUUAUGACUCACGGGCUGUCCUGCGCGCGGAAAGCUAUACGAACUACGGCUGGAUGGUCACACGAAGCGUUGCGGCCGAGAUGGCGACGGGAAUGGCGCACAAGGAGAUGGAGUUCGACUGGGACGUCUACGCCUUCUUCUACAUUCGGGGCGACCGGGAGUGCGUCAUUCCGGAGGUGUCCCGCUCCCACCACUUCGGGCAGUCGGGUUCCCACAUCAGCCAGUAUUCAGCUCGAGUCCACUUUUCCACGAAGAACUACAACCAAGACCCAACGGCUUUGGUGGAAGGCGUCGAAAGGUUAGAGAAACACACUUACGAAAACCACAUCGCAUCGUUACUUGCAAAGGCACAGUACAUCAACGUGGAAGAAACUAGCCCGUGCGACGCCGACUUCUUCGACAGAUUCACCUCCGAGAGGGAGGUCGUUUACAUCAUCUUCUUCCACGGUGAAGGAGACAUCCACUGGUUCAGAAUCAACGAUGCCUGGAGGGCCAUCGCAAGGUGCCUGGGCGUCUUCUCAAGUGACGUCCGAGAAGGACACAAAGGACUCUACCGAAUGAGACUCGGCGCCGCACACCUCCUGCUGGUAGCUCACCCUGUUUCGCCCUACAGCGUGCACAAGCCGGCCGACCUGCCUGUGUUCCGCGCGACGCCCUCCAACCUGGCCGGAGCUCACCGGGCGCUGACGAAGGGCUUGGUCAGGGAGCGGUAUCGCCUCGUGCCUCCCGAGCAGACGUACCGGCGGCUCGCGAGCUGAUGGUCUGCAGGGAAGGUGCAUGGAGUUGGGUUAAAACCUUUGAUGACGUUGCAUGUUACAUGCAAGGAACAAGGAAGUAAUAAAGUCUGA